AUGUAAAAACAAAGAUAAAUACCACUAACCUACUUGUAGAGUGAUGGGGAUACAUAUCCAGUACCAGAAUCUAUCGAAGCAGAUAUUGGAAGUUUAUUAACAUCACCCUAAACAACUAUAUAAUCGGAGAGAAAGAAAUCGUUUUAAAGUCCUUUUAGAUUAAAAAGAUCUCACUAAAUUUUAGAAUAUACGGAAUAACUUUAUGUCUGGAAUUCGUAUCUUUCCAGAAAAUUCGUUUCAUCCUGA